AUGUCCAGCGCGGUGAGGAUGCGUGUCCGAACGCGGAGCAGCGGCUCUGCUAGGGCAAUCAGUGCGACAGCGAGGGAUAAAAGAGUUGUCGGGGCGAGUAGCAGUGGGCCGGUGCGUAGUUUUGAGGAAAUCCCUCACACUGGUAGGAAUAGAUGGCUCAACUUGCUCACCUUCUGGAGGGAAGAUCGCUUCAAGCAACUCCACAAGCACAUGGAGAGCUCUUUCAGUACCCUCGGACCCAUAUACAGGGAGCAUGUGGGCCCCCAAAGCAGCGUGAACAUUAUCAUGCCGCGUGACAUCGCCGAGUUGUUCCGCCACGAAGGCUGCAACCCGGAACGGCUGGCCAUUCAACCGUGGGCCAAGCACCGCGAGACCCGUGGACAUACGAAAGGAAUCUUCCUAAAGAACGGUGCCGAGUGGCGAGCCGACCGUAUGCUGCUCAACAAGGAGGUUAUGUUGAAAGCGGCCUUCCAGCAGUUCCUGCCCCACUUGGACGAAGUAGCGAGGGAUUUCUGCCGGGUAACCCAGGCCAGGAUAGAAAGCCAGGGGCAAAGCAGCCUGACCUUUAACCCCGGUCCAGACCUCUUCGCUUUUGCACUGGAAGCGAUCUGCUACAUUCUAUACGGAGAGCGCAUCGGUCUCUUCUCAUCAAAGCCCUCCGCCGAGUCCCGAAGGUUUAUUUGGGGGGUGGAAAGAAUGCUGGCCACCACUGUGCCACUCCUUUACUUGCCCUCGCCCCUGAUGGAGCGUCUCGGUGCCUCCUUGUGGACCCAGCACGUCACUGCGUGGGACCACAUAUUCACCCACGCUGAAUCAAGGAUCAAGACUGCUUUCCAACGCAUGUCCUCCAGACCUACUUCGUGCUCUCAUAAAGGCGAGUUCUCUGGAGUUCUGGGCCAGCUCCUGGAGAAAGGGCAGUUAUCCCACGAGGCCAUUACGGCCAACAUCAUUGAACUAAUGGCUGGAGGAGUGGACACAACGGCGAUACCAUUGCAGUUUGGUUUGUUCGAGCUGGCUCGUAACCCUGCCGUGCAGGAGAACGUAAGGCAGCAGGUGACCGAGUCUGUGGAAAGGGCCAACGGGGACCCUCAAAAAGCUUUAGAGGGGGCUCCGCUCCUGAAAUGCGUACUAAAGGAGAUUCUCAGGCUGUAUCCGGUGGGCAUCUCAGUUCAGCGCUACCCAGUAAAAGACAUAGUUCUGCAGAAUUACAACAUUCCUGCAGGGACCUUGGUCCAGGCAUGUCUUUACCCCAUGGGGAGGAGUGACAAGAUCUACGACAACCCGCUCAAUUUUGACCCGGGUCGGUGGUCCCGCAGUCGGGUGGAUACGUCCCAGACCUGGUCCACGUUCCGCUCGCUGGCAUUUGGUUUCGGGCCCAGACAAUGCAUUGGCCGCAGGAUCGCUGAGAACGAGAUUCAGCUCUUGCUCAUGCACAUCCUGCUUAAUUUUCACCUCAGCGUGUCAUCUUCUCGAGACCUCGACACCAAGUUUGCGCUCAUCCUGCAGCCUGAGUCGCCACCAAGGAUCACCUUUAGAAAGCUCUGA